UUUACACAUGAUAUUGGUGUCCAGUAUACUUAAAGGGUAAAGUUACAGGACGCAGAUCCAGAGAAGAGAAGAAGAGUAACCAUGAAGUAUCUUCAGAUUUUCGUUAUUUCGCUACUAAUAGCUCUCUCUUUAGCACAAAGAGAGAGAAAAGGUGGUUUUAGGAACAAAAAGUUUCCGAGACCGCCGAAACUGUGUUCAACUGACGGCGAUUGUCCAAACACAGCGACAUGUCUAAAUCCAGAAUCGAAACCAAACGGGAUUUGUGUUCCAAAAAAAGAGGCGGACAUGUUCAAAAAACUAAGAGGCUGUUCAGCGGACAGUGAUUGUGAGGGCACCGAGAAAUGCAAAGAAAUGCCUAAAGUAGGAGUCAACAUGUGCAUGUCAGAAGCUCUAACUAAGAUGCUUCAAAAGAAAGUAAGGCGCCUUCCUGGGGUACCAAAGUCGUGUGUGUCUGAGAGCGACUGUUCUGGAGCUGCCAAAUGUGUGGACUUCCCAAAAUUUAACAAACGGUUGUGUCUUGUCGAAGAUCGACACUUGCACAAAAUGUUGAUGAUAAUUCACCAGAACUUUGAGGUGAAAGACAAGGAUAACCUAGGUAUCGAUGACAAAAAAGAGAAAGAUGGCAAAGAUAACAAAGACAAGGAUUCGGUUGUGGAUUUCGACAAGAAGAAGAAUAUGUUCAAGAAGAUGAUAUCUGAACUAAGAGGCUGUUCAGCGGACAGCGAUUGUGAGGGCGCCAUGAAAUGCAAAGAGCUGCCUAAAGUAGGAAUCAACAUGUGUAUGUCAGAGGCUCUGACUAAGAUGCUCGAAAUGAAAGUAGCUCGCCUUCCUGGGGUACCAAAGUCUUGUGUGUCUGAGAGCGACUGUACUGGGGCUGCCAAAUGUGUGGACUUCCCAAAAUUCAACAAACAGUUGUGUCUUGUUGAAGAUCGACACUUGCACAAAAUGUUGAUGAUACUUCACCAGAACUUUGAGAUGAAAGACAAGGAUAAUCUGGGUAUCGAUGAAAACAAAGAGAAAGACGGUGAAGAUAACAAAGACAAAGAUUCGGGUGUGGAUUUGGACAAGAAGACGGAUGACAGUAAAAAGGACAUUAACUACGAGAAGGAUAACAUUGACCUGUUUAUUUCCGAUCCACAGUUAAUCAAAAGAAAAAACGAUGACAGGUUUAUUUCUGAUCCACAAUUCCGCAAAAGAAAACAUGGAGAUAAAGGAGAGUUCGGAUUUUCUAAGUCGGACGACGAGCAUCAUAUGAGAAAUAACCCAUGGAGAAUGUUUUUCUUGGGAGCUUUGGCAAUGACUGGAGUUGUCAUCAUCAUGCUGACGGUGGUUAUGUGUUGUUUGAAAUUCAGAAAGAGAAGUUUACCUGGAGAUGCGGCCCCAGAAGAACAGGACACAAAAAGAAACCACUUGCGUCACAAUGCCUUCUUAACAAAAAUAAGCACAGUAUCCCAUAAUCCCUACAGUAAACUCCACAACGAAAAGGUCUAAAACAAACGGAAAGCUGUUUUGAAACUCCAAUGCCAAUGGAACAAUUUUCAUAAAGAUUCAAAUUUGAGAAAAUUUGUCAUUAUUUUUUGUUAACAAUUCGACAGUGAAUUUUAGUUAUUUAAUUGUUUUGUUUUGAAAAAUUAAACUUGAAAAAAAAAUGAAUUUGGACUGUCGUUGGCAACAUUGAAAAAAAAUGAAUUUGGACUGUCGUUGGUAGCAUUAAGGCAGUUGUUUACUCAGGGUUUGAGUUCUCAAAUUCGGAUUGUUAUAAGUUUAAUUCAUGAGUAAAACUUGUUCUAAACACAAAAAGUAUUUAUGAAAUGAAUUAUUAUUGACAUUACAUUCGAUAUUUUUUCUUUAUUAUGAAAUUAGGCUCAAACAAAAAUAGACUAUUAGCCAAACAGAGGAAAUUCCGACUAAAUGUUGCAGAUUUUGUUUUCCGCUUAAAAUUUUUUGGCAGUACUCUAAUAUUAAAAGUUAAGACUUUAUAAUUUAGUCUAUAUAAUUUUGCUUAAGUGCUGUUGGUUUUACCUCACUUAAUUAUUUAAAAAUCAAUCGAAUGACACGAAUUGUAAAAAUAUUGAAAAAUACUUAAAAACGAUAAAAGACACCAUAUCUCAAAAUUUUGAUCAUUGACCUCAUAUAAAUUUUAUGCCAACAGAAUAAAGUCAGUUUAAGAGGUUUAAUACUAUAAAUGUUUUUGUAUUAUCAUUCAAUUUUUUGUAAAAUUGGAUAAAAAAUGGGUAGGAAUUUGAAAACUGAUAGAGGAAAUUCGGACUGGAAUAUUUUUAAUAAAAAUUAUCGCUGAAAUCUUAAUGCGUUGUACCUAUCUAGUGCCCCUACCAUUCAUAAACUGUAUUUCAUUUGUAAUAUUUUUACAAUUAAAAAAAUCUCAAUUGUAGUGUAAAUUUUUAGGGAUUUUUCUUGAUUUUUCAAAAAAUAUUCAAUGGCCAUAAACUCAAAAAGUAGGUCAUUGACCUACUUUUUGAAGGUAAAAAAAUAACACAACAAUCAAAGGUCUAUAACAUACAAUACAUGGUUUUUCAUUAUCAUCAGUGGAUUUUUUUCAUUCUGAGUAAACGUCAUCCUUAUAUUAAGUUAUGAAGGUCGUCAAUGCUGUGUUUAUAUGUGCUCUAAAUGACAAAUAUGUCAUGCAGUUUUAAAUAAAUAAUAAUCAUCUCGGAUAAAUUUGGAUACGAAUAACCUUGACUUUAAGAUCAUUCGUGUAUUUCAAGAUUUGUGCUGAAUUUUGAAGGAUCUUAGAUUAUCAAGACUUUCAUAAUAUUUCAAACAGCUCUUAUAUAUUAACGAUUGCACAGUACCGAUGAUUACGGAUAUACUGUCAUAACUAUUGCAUCUCUUCCUUACCGGGGUUUUCUGAUGAGAAACUGAAAACUUGUACCACAUUAAAAAAGAUUUAAACAACACCCAACUUUUCUUUCUGAACAUUUAUUUGUGUAAGGCAAAAUACAGCAUACCGAAAAGCUAAUAUUUACACAUGUCUUUAAAAGACAAAAAAUCGAUCCCGUGCGCUUGCUCAACAGUUUGGACAAGGGUUUUUUUUGUAGGCUUUGCCUGUUGUCCAAGAUAAUUAAGCCAUCAAUUAAAUUGGUUCAAUGUAUAAGUUUAACAUAAAUUAAUAUAAAACAAAACAAAUAAUUACAACUUGCUAGUACUAUAUCACAUGCAGCCCUAACGUUAAAUCCGUCGAAAUAUACAUAAAUUCACAUGCUUUUAUCUAAAUUCGAGCGAUUUCAAUUUGCAAAAGAGACUCGUGAAAUACAAG